CCGCGCCGCCCCGGCUCCCGCGGCCCGGCCGCCCGCAGCGCCGCGAGCCGCCCAUGGUGCAGCGCAUGUGGGCCGAGGCGGCCGGGCCUGCGGGCGGCGCCGAGCCGCUGUUUCCGGGCUCGCGGCGGAGCCGCAGCGUGUGGGACGCCGUGCGCCUGGAGGUGGGCGUCCCCGACAGCUGCCCCGUGGUGCUGCACAGCUUCACGCAGCUGGACCCCGACCUGCCGCGCCUCGAGGGGGGCGAGCCCGACGGGACGCAGGGUUCGACGCAGGAGAUCAGCGAGGAGCUGGUGAACGGGGUCAUCUACUCCAUCUCCCUCCGCAGGGUCCAGGCGCACCACAGCACCCCCCGGGGCCAGCGCUGGCUGGGGUGUGAGAAUGAGUCCGCACUCAGCCUGCUGGAGACGUGCAAGGUGCGCACGGUGAAGGCGGGCACGCUGGAGAAGCUGGUGGAGCACCUGGUGCCCGCCUUCCAGGGCCGGGACCUCUCCUACGUCACCAUCUUCCUCUGCACCUACCGCACCUUCACCACCACCCAGCGGGUCCUUGACCUGCUCUUCAAAAGCAGGUACCGCACCUGUGACGUCCUCACGGCCCCCUCUAGAUAUGGAUGCAUCCUGCCUUACUCCGGCCGGGACGGCGGCCCUCAGGACCAGCUCAAGAAUACCAUCUCCUCCAUCCUGGGCACCUGGCUGGACCAGUACUCGGAGGACUUCUGCCAGCCGCCCGACUUCCCCUGCCUCAAGCAGCUGGUGGCCUAUGUCCAGCUCAACAUGCCCGGCUCGGACCUGGAGCGGCGCGCCCACCUCCUCCUGGCCCAGCUGGAGCACGCGGAGCUCACGGACUUGGAGCCUGGGGCGCCAGCUGUGAAACCCGCUCCAGAGCUCCCGCCAGCCCCGGCUCCCAGGCCUGCCCCAGCUCCGGAGCUUGAGUCCACCCAGGUGCCGGGUCCAGUUCCGGAGCUUGAGUCCACCCAGGGUCCAGCUCCGGGGCCUGAGUCCAUCUGGGCUCUGGAGGUCAAGGCAGCGCCUAAACCAGCCCGAGCACCUAGUCCCGAGCCAGAAAUCCUCCCGUCACCAGCCCGAGCACCCAGCCCGGAGCCCGAGGAGGCCGCAGUGCCGGCCCCCACGCCCAGCCCUGCUCCGGAACUCGAGACAGCUGCGCCAGCCCCCACACCACCGGCCACGGAACUGGAGGCCGCCUUGCUGCAGACUCUGGAGCUGGAGGCCUGUGCGGCGCCUGAGCCCCCCUGGCCCCCACCCGCGGCUGCCGAGGAUGGGCUGCCAGACAGGCCGCACAUCCUGGCCUUCCCUGCGGACCUGGUGGCCGAGCAGUUCACGCUGAUGGACGCGGAGCUGUUCAAGAAGGUGGUCCCGUACCACUGCCUGGGCUCCAUUUGGUCGCAGCGGGACAAGAAGGGCAAGGAGCACCUGGCACCCACCGUGCGCGCCACCGUGGCCCAGUUCAACAGCGUGGCCAACUGCGUCAUCACCACCUGCCUGGGGGCCCGAAGUGUGUCGGCCCGCGACCGGGCGCGGGUGCUGGAGCACUGGAUCGAGGUGGCCAAGGAGUGCCGAGCCCUCAAGAACUUCUCAUCACUCUACGCCAUCCUGUCUGCCCUGCAGAGCAACGCCAUCCACCGCCUGAAAAAGACGUGGGAAGAAGUUCCCCGGGAGAGCCUGCGAGUGUUCCAGAAGCUGUCGGAGAUCUUCUCGGAUGAGAACAACUACUCCCUGAGCAGAGAGCUGCUCAUCAAGGAGGGCACCUCCAAGUUCGCCACUCUGGAAAUGAACCCCAAGAGAGCUCAGAAGCGCCCGAAGGAGACGGGCACCAUCCAGGGCACUGUCCCCUACCUGGGCACCUUCCUCACAGACCUGGUGAUGCUGGACACGGCCAUGAAGGACUACCUCUAUGGCAGACUCAUCAACUUCGAGAAGAGGAGGAAGGAGUUCGAGGUGAUCGCGCAGAUCAAGCUGCUGCAGUCGGCCUGUAACAACUACAGCAUCGAGCCCGAGGAGGCCUUCGCCACCUGGUUCCGGGCCGUGGAGCGGCUCAGUGAGACCGAGAGCUACAACCUCUCGUGUGAGCUGGAGCCCCCGUCAGAGCUGGCCAGCAGCACGCUCAAGGUGAAGAAGAGCACAGCCAUCGUGAAGCGCUGGAGCGACCGCCAGGCCCCCAGUGCCGAGCCGAGCACGGGCGGCAGCUCCCACUCCAAGUCGUGUGACCAGCUGCGGUGCGGGCCCUCCCUGGGCAGCGGGGACCUGGCAGACGCGCUGAGCGUGCACUCGGCCGGCUCCUCCAGCUCCGACGUGGAGGAGAUCAACCUGAGCUUCGUGCCUGAGUCCCCCGACGCGCAGGAGAAGAAGGUGCGGCCCGGCCCUGCGCCCUGCUCCCUGGCCCCCGCCCGGCCCGCGGCCGCUGACACUGUCCUCCUGCAGUUCUGGGAGGUGGCCUCCCAAUCGUCCCCGGAGACAUCCGGCAUCAGCUCCGCCUCAAGCAGCGCCUCCUCCUCCUCGGCCUCCACCACUCCCGUGGCCUCCACGCGCUGCCACAAGCGGUCCAUGUCGGGGAUCUGCGGCUCCACCUCUGCACUGCCACUCUAUAACCAGCAGGUGGGCGACCACUGCAUCAUCCGGGUCAGCCUGGACGUGGACAACGGCAACAUGUACAAGAGCCUCCUGGUGACCAGCCAGGACAAGGCUCCGGCCGUCAUCCGCAAGGCCAUGGACAAACACAACCUGGAUGAGGAGGAGCCCGACGACUACGAGCUGGUGCAGGUCAUUUCGGAGGACAGAAAGCUGAAGAUCCCCGACAACGCCAAUGUGUUCUACGCCAUGAACUCCACGGCCAACUAUGACUUCGUGCUGCGGAAGCGGCCGGGCGCCAAGGGCGCCAAGGUGCGGCAUGGUGCCAGCUCCACGCUCCCGCGCGUCAAGCAGAAGGGGCUGCGGAUGGCCAAGGGCAUCUUCUAGGGCGGGGCCGCGCCGGGAUUGACGCCCCUGGGCCGACCUGGCCACCCACGCCCACCCUGCCGUAGGUGCCUUCCGCCCUCCGGAACCGGCGGGCACUGCCAGCUGUGCCCACGGCCCGCCCCGGCCGCCCAGGCCGCCUGCACCAAAGAUCCUGCCACGGGGCAGCCGCGCCCACUCCGGCCUGGCCGCUGCGGGAGCACAUGUCCUCCCCGAGACCACGGGAAGACCACGGAAACCUCCCGAGACCGAGACCUGGGAGGCCUUGCAAGACCGUGCGCCUCCGGCGUUGGGGAAGGAGGGCGCGUGGGGCUGGACGGGCGCUGACUCUUUGUAUAAAAGGCAAAAAGAAAAAUGUUUACCAGUGGGGGAGGGGCAAUAUUUAUUUGUUGUAAAUAGCGAACGCUAGACUUGAAUAUUCUAUUAAAACCCGGUUUCUACGA